GACACUUCCAAUAUCUAGUCACCUCUUAUUCAUCUUCUUAUCCACUUCUUCCAUUCUUAACCUCCUGCGUCGCCUCUCCGCUUCUCACUAACUCUAACCUUAACAAAUCUCUCUCCCCUCUAUCUCUCUCGCUCUCUCUCCAUGGCUUUUCUCUUUGCUCAAUUUCUCUUUCUCAUUUUCUUCACUCUCCACAAGGCUUCUUCAAUUUCUCAACAACCCAUCUUGCCCAACUCUGCCUUGAUCUUUCCGGUGGCCAAAGAUGCGUCAACUCUUCAGUACACUACCCAGAUUCAGAUGGGCUCUCCCGGAGUUCUCAACAAGCUUGUUCUUGAUCUUAAUGGUCCAUUUCUUUGGGCUGAUUGUUCAUCCUCUUCUUCUCAUAAGCCCAUUGGAUCUGGCUCACUAAAAUGCUUAUUAGCCAACUCAUGUAACUUAAACCCACAAAACACCAUCACUAAAACAACCGAACCAGGCCAUCUUGCAGAACAAAUCAUCACCGUUGAUUCCAUAAACCAUCACAACUUCAAAACCAUCUCGACCGUCCAAAACUUGUUAUUUUCAUGCGCACCCACUGUUUUAUUACAUGGUCUAGCUAGUGGGGCCAGUGGUAUAUUAGGCCUGGGCAGGUCUAAAAUAUCAUUACCAUCACAGAUGUCAAACAGUUUGGGUACACGCCGGAAAUUCUCGAUUUGCUUGUCGGAAUCUGAUGGCGUCAUGUUCUCCGGCGAAAUGACGUCAGACAUUUAUAAGUCGUUGAUGUACACUCCACUUGUUUCUAAGACUACAUCAGAUGGUUAUUACAUCAACGUCAAGUCAGUUAAAGUGAGUAACAAAAGAUUAGCCCUGGGUACAAAUUCCAUAGACACGAAAAUAAGUACAGUUGUUCCGUACACAACUAUGGACACAACAACGUACGACAUUUUCGUGAACGCUUUUGUCGUGGCUGCGAGACAUAUGAACAUGACUAGGGUGGCUGCACCUGCCGCAACAACAUUGGGGGUGUGCUUCAGCACACAAAACUCGUAUUCAGUAUACAAUACUCCCGUAUCAGGUUCCCGGGGAUUUUCCGAUGGAGUGCCAACAAUAGAGCUAGUGUUACAAAGUGAGUUGGUAAAGUGGAGGAUUGAUGGGAGAAAUUUAAUGGUGAAGAUAAGUGAAGAAGUUGUUUGUUUGGGAAUUUUGGAUGGAGGGUUUAGUGCUAAGAGGGAAAUAGUGAUAGGGGGUUAUCAAUUAGAGGAUAAUCUAUUGGAGUUUGAUUUGGCUACUUCCAUGCUUGGAUUUAGUUCUUCUUUGAGGCAAACUAGUUGCUCUAGACUUAAUUUGUAUACUAAUCAUGUAGAGUAAUCACUUAAAUACUGUUAUAGAAAACGAAGAGGAUUAAGAUCCUUAUAAUUGUUCAUAGGAUUGUAUAGGUACUUCAAGGUUUAUGAAACGGAUGGGAUGUAUGAGAUCUGACUUCAUUUCAGCAAUAUGUAUACAGAGAAUGAAUUUUGGCUUCA